AUGAACAAUCCUGAGCACGCAUUACGUCGAAGUUGGAUUCGUCUGGAUGAACGUUUCGGCUGUCCAGAAAUGAUCGAGUCAGCCCUGAAAACUAAAUUAGAAUCUUUUCAAACAUUGACCACAAAAGACCCUAAUCGGUUGUAUGAUCUCUCGGACAUUCUGGAUGAGAUAGAAGCCAUUAAGGAGAACUCGCACUAUUCCUGUCUACUUUCGUAUUUUGACAGUUCCGCAGGAGUGACACCGAUCGUCAAGAAACUUCCAAGUUAUAUUCAAAGAAAGCGGACUAAUGAAGCAGUGGCCUACAUGACUAUGAAUGAAGUGUCAUUUCCGCCUUUCAGGGUUUUCGCAAGAUUCAUCCGGGGGCAAGCAAAGAUCAGGAAUAAUCCUUCUUUUGCUUAUGACAACAAAAGAGACACACUGAGAAGGAUACCAGAGAGAGUUUCCACGAAGAAAACAGACUGUGUGCAGAUGGACGAUGUCUCAGUUAGAAAGUGUCCACUUCAUGGGACACAUCAUUCCUUGAAUAAAUGCAGAACAUUCAGACAGAAGUCAUUGGAUGAAAGGAGGAAAUUUCUGAAAGAGAAAAAUAUAUGCUUCAAAUGUUGUGAUUCUCAUUCUCAUAAGCGAAGAGACUGUACUGCUCAAGUGAAAUGCGAGGACUGUGAUAGCACAAAUCACCCAUCAGCUCUACAUGUUUUUGUUCGUAACACAAGAAAUCAUGGCGGGGAGAUGCGAACUGAUGGAAGACGCAAUGACGGGGAUACACAGCAUAACAGUGUAGGCUCCAUGUGCACGCAGAUUUGUGGAGGACAAUUCAAUGGGAAAUCUUGCUCUAAGACUUUGUUGGUGAAAGUGUUUCCAAAGGAAGACCCUCGACAAGCCAUAACUAUGUAUGUUGUCAUAGACGAUCAGUCGAAUCGUUCUUUGGUCAGUCCUAUAUAUUUUUACCUGUUCAGGUUACAAGCUGACUCAACAGUUUACACACUCUCAUCAUGUGGAGGCACAAUUCGUACUACUGGAAGAAAAGCCAGUAGAUUUGUGGUGGAAUCAUUGGACGGUAGCUGUUCCCUUGAUCUCCCGACACUUAUAGAGUGUGAAAACGUACCCAAUGUGAGAGAGGAGAUUCCUACUCCAGACGUGGCUCAACAUUACAGUCAUUUGAGGGAUAUAUCUAGCUUCAUCCCUUCAUUAGACCCAAAAGCUGAAAUACUAUUGUUGCUUGGUAGAGAUAUAGUAGAAGCACAUCAUGUUGUAGAUCAACGAAUUGGUGGAAGAAAUCAACCGUAUGGACAGAAAUUACGCUUGGGUUGGACAAUUAUUGGAGAAACCUGUCUUGGCAAGACUCAUGUACCAAGAUCAAUCAAUACGUACAAAACUCAUCUCCUGGGAUCUAGUCGUGCGUCAUUGAUGCCACCUUGCACCAACGAAUUCAAGAUUAGAGAAGAAAUCAAUAACGUCUCAUAUGGUGUGAACUCAACAGAUGCUUUAACUUGUGAGAGCAAUAAUUUCGGCAAGGAUGUUUUCCGAAGAACCAAAGACGAUGAGAAAUGUGGGAUGUCAGUUGAUGAUCACCAGUUUCUUAACAUUAUGGAUGAUGGUUUUCAAAGAGAUGCAAAUGGUAAUUGGAUCGCUCCACUCCCAUUUCGCCAUCCGCGACCACGACUCCCUAAUAAUAGAAGUGUUGCAUUGAGACGAGCAAAGUUGCUGGAAGCUUCACUAAGAAGAAACCAUUUGAAACAAGAACAUUUUCUCACCUUUAUGGAGGGCAUUAUGAGAAAUGGACAAUGGACAAUUGUCACAUGA